AUGCCUCACGCCUCCCUCACCCGCGAUUCGGUCGCUUCGCACAACACGCCCGAAGACCUCUGGUGCAUCAUCGACCACAAAGUCUACGACCUCAGCGAAUUCGUCGAUGCUCACCCUGGCGGCUCCGUCGUGCUCGAGCAAGUAGCCGGCCAAGAUGCGACGACGGCGUUCUACAACCUACACCGACAGGAGGUUCUGGACAAGUACCAGGAGCUAUGCAUCGGCACCAUCGAGGGCGAGAAGUCCGAGGUGAUUGUCGGAAAGCCUGGCGACCUGAGCCCAGUGCCAUACGCGGAGCCAUUGUGGCUGCGACCGCAGUUCAAGAGUCCCUACUUCAAGGAGAGCCACCGCGCACUGCAGAAGGAGGUCCGCAAGUUCGUCGACACACACGUUACGCCUGAGGCGCAACAAAAGGAGAAGGAUGGUACAUACAUCAGCCAGGAGCUGAUCGACAAGAUGGCCGCGAACGAUAUGCUGGCCAUGCGCCUUGGGCCUGGAAAGCAUCUCCACGGCAAGAACCUGAUGGGUGUCGUCAAGGGCGAGGAGUUUGACUAUCUCCAUGACCUUAUCCAAGCGCAGGAAGGUGUGCGCGCAAACGCGCGUGGCUUCCAAGACGGCAACAUGGCAGGCAUGACCAUCAGCUUGACAGCCGUUUUGCAGUGGAUGCCUGAAUCCGAGCUGAAGACGCGCGUGGUCAACGAGGUGCUGAGUGGCAAGAAGAAGAUGUGCCUAGCCAUCACCGAGGCUUUUGCGGGAUCAGAUGUCGCCGGCAUCAGGACCACUGCGACCUUGACACCAGACGGCAAGCACUACAUCGUACGAGGCACAAAGAAGUGGAUCACCAACGGAAUGUUCAGCGACUACUUCGUCACAGGCUGCAAGACGGACAAGGGCUUCUCCGUCCUGCUCAUUGAGCGUGACGAGGCCGUCGAGACCAAGCUAAUCAAAACGAGCUACUCCACCACCGCCGGCACCGCAUACGUAGAGUUCAACGAUGUGAAGGUACCAGUAGACCACCUGUUGGGCAAAGAGCACCAGGGCUUCGUUGUCAUCAUGUCCAACUUCAAUCACGAGAGGUUUAUGAUGGCAUGCGCCGUCAUCCGACAAUCGCGAACCGUUGUCGAGGAGUGUCUCAAGUGGUGCAACCAGCGGAUUGUCUUUGGCAAGAAGCUGAUAGAGCAACCCACUAUUCGCCAGAAGCUUGCAAAGAUGAUCUCACAUGUCGAGGCCAACCAAGCAUGGCUAGAAUCUAUCGCCUACCAGAUGACGCACAUGUCGUACGCCCAGCAAUCGAAGCUGCUCGGUGGACCUAUCGGUCUGCUCAAGUCAUACGCCACCCGCUCUGCACACGAGAUCGCAGAUGAAGCCGUCAACAUCUUCGGAGGUCGCGGAAUUACGCAAGGUGGUAUGGGCCGGGUGAUUGAGCAGUUCCACCGCACAUAUAAGUUUGAUGCUAUUCUGGGAGGCACCGAGGAGAUUCUUAGCGACUUGGGCGUACGGCAGGCGAUGAAGGACUUCCCCAAGAGUAUGUUGUAG